AUGUCUGGUAAGUACAGUACCGCGUACGUGCACAACUACCUAGAACCAACAGCUGACCUCCCGUAUACUCAAGACACGUGCGAAGGCUGUGAUAUCAACAAGCUAACGCAACGCAGACGAAACAGCAAUCCGUUUGAAUUCGUGAAAUCAAGCAGAAUGUCUUUUCGCAAGAAACCUAGAGCCGACAUGACGGAAGAAGAGAUGGAAGCAAAAGAGAAGGAAGAGUUUCAGACUGGUCCUCUUUCUCUUCUCAUGCAAGCAGUGAAGGCCAACACGCAGGUCCUUAUCAACUGUCGUAACAACAGAAAGCUGUUAGCGCGCGUCAAGGCGUUUGACCGUCAUUGUAACUUGGUGUUGGAGAACGUACGAGAAAUGUGGACCGAGACUCCAAAGACUGGCAAAGGAAAAAAGAAAGCCAAGCCAGUGAACAAGGACAGAUACAUAUCUAAAUUGUUUCUACGCGGUGACUCUGUAAUUCUAGUGCUCAGGAAUCCAGCCGCAACUGUGGCUAAGUAGAACAUUCCAGUGCUGAUGUAGAUGAAUGUAAUAGACGAACUGUAAAGACG